UGCGGGCUGGGCGGCGGCGCGCUCGCGCUGGGCGCCGGGGCGGCGCCGCUGCCGCUGUUCGCGCUGCUGCUCGCCGCCCACACCAUGCUGCCCGCGCCGCGCGCCCUCGCCGCCGCCCUCUCGGCGCUGCUCGCCGCCGGACACCUCGCGCUCGCCGCCGUCCUGCGGCCCUGGCCCUCCACGCAGGCCACAGUCUGCCAGCUGGUGGCGGAGGCGCUGCUGCUGGCUUGCGCGGGCGGCACGGGCCUCUACUACCGCCACAUGACGGAGUCGGCGCACCAGCACACGUUCGAGGGGACGCGCACCUGCAUCGAGUCGCGCAUCAAGCUGGAGUGCGAGAAGGAGCAACAGGAGCAGCUGCUGCUCAGCGUCAUCCCCGCCUACAUAGCCGCAGAGGUGAAGAGGAGCAUAAUGCUGAAGAUGGCGGAUGCUUGCCAGGACAUGGCCAACAAGCAGACUCGCUUCCACGAGAUGUAUGUCCAGCGGCACAACAACGUCAGCAUCCUGUACGCAGACAUCGUCAACUUCACUCCGCUGUCCGAACAGCUGAGCGCUUCAGACCUUGUCAAGACUCUCAACGAGCUGUUCGGGCGGUUCGACCAAAUAGCGCAGGACAACCAGUGCAUGCGGAUCAAGAUCCUGGGUGACUGCUACUACUGCGUGUCCGGGCUGCCCGUGUCGCGGCCCAACCACGCCUGCAACUGCGUCAACAUGGGCCUCCAGAUGAUUGACGCCAUCAGGUUCGUCCGCGAGGCGACCGGCUUCAACGUGGACAUGCGCAUCGGCAUCCACACGGGCAACGUGCUGUGCGGCGUGCUGGGGCUGCGCAAGUGGCAGUUCGAUGUCUGGAGCGACGACGUCACGCUGGCCAACCACAUGGAGUCCGGCGGGCGGCCCGGACGCGUCCACAUCACGAGGGCGACUCUGCUGCAGCUGAACGACCAGUUCCAAGUAGAGCCUGGCGACGGGGCGUCCAGGGAGGCGUAUCUGGCUGACCACAAGGUCGAGACUUUCCUCAUCGUGCCGCCCAAGAAAAACGACGGCGGCGGCGGACAGGAUGGCUCGGCAGGUGGCGGGGGUGGCGCCCAGGAGGGCAGCGGAGGCGGCGGCGGCAGCAACUGCCUGCGCGCCGCCAGCACGGCCUCCGACCUGUCCCGCAACCGCUCGCCCAGCAAGAUGACCAAGUACGUGGAGUGCUGGGGCGCCGACAAGCCGUUCGCCAACAUCGCCGAGAGCACGCUCGCCAAGAACAUCGGCCUCACGAGCAUCUCCAUGAUUGAGUCAAACUUGCUGCCCAGCGAGAGCUCCUGCUUCGACUGCAAGCAGUGCGUGUCGCAGUCAGAGGAGAUGAACCCGGCACUCCUGUGGUUCAAAGACAGCGGCCACGAGACCGACUACCGCAGCGAGCCGGACCUGCAGUUCCGCUACUACGUGCUCGCCGCGCUCGGCCUCUUCCUCUGCAUGGCCACCGUGCAGAUGCUCAUUCUUAAGGGAGGCGUGGUGCUGUGGGGGUCCCUGGGGGCGACCCUAUGCGCGUUGCUAGUGUUCGCCUACCUGUGCUGGCUGGAGGGUCGGUGCCCCGGGGGCGGCUCGUCGCCCACCCCUGCCGUGGGCGGCGGCUGCCCGGGGGCGGCGGGGGCGGCGGCCGGCGACGAGGGGCGGCACACGGUGAGCGCCCACCGCUGGCUGCGCCUCGCCGUCUUCUCCAUCACCGCAGCGCUCUUCGCCGCCUGCGCCGUCAUCACACUGGUGGAGGUGGGCCCAGACGGAGAGGCGCCGGCGCUGCAGCUGCUGGCCGCGGUGAACAGCAGCGCCAACUGGACGGACGUGGCCGCCGAGGACCCGUGGCCCGUCCUGGGAGCCGCCCUCACGCCGGACGCCGUACCGUCUUACCUGUACAGCUCUGCGCUGUCGCUGUGUGCCGUGUCGGUGUUCCUGCGCGCCGGCUUCCUUCUCAAGCUGCUCUUCAUGGUCGCCACCGCCGCCGCCCACCUCGCGCUCUACUCCUCCAUAGACGCCUUCCACCUCUACUUCCGCAGCACGCGCGACGGGAUGGAGCUGGUGCCCGCGCCGUUCCGCAUGGCGCUGCUGCUGCUGGUGGUGGUGGCUCUGUUGCACGUGCUCGACCGCCAGCUGGAGUUCACGGCGCGCACGGACUUCCUCUGCAAGGCCAAGCUGCGCGUCGAGCAGGAUGAGGUGGAGACGAUGCGCGGCAUCAACAAGAUCCUGCUGGAGAACAUCCUGCCGGCGCACGUGGCCGACCACUUCCUGGCGGGCGCUGCUCGCCACUCGGACCUCUACCACGAGCGCUACUCCUGCAUCGCCGUCAUGUUCGCCUCCAUCCCCAACUACAAGGAGUUCUACGACGAGAACGACGUCAACAAGCAGGGCCUCGAGUGCCUGCGGCUGCUCAACGAGAUCAUCUGCGACUUUGAUAAGCUGCUGCUGAAGCCAAAGUUCAGCUGCAUCGAGAAGAUCAAGACGAUCGGCAGCACGUACAUGCUGGCCUCGGGGCUGCGGCCCGGCAAGGAGGACGGCGGAGGGGACGCUUGCCGCCAGCAGGAGCACAAUGUGGUCAUCCUGGUUGAGUUCGCCGUACAGCUGAUGACCAUUCUCGACCAAAUCAACAGGGAGUCCUUCCAGAGGUUCAAGCUCAGAAUAGGUCUGAACCACGGACCAGUGAUCGCAGGCGUGGUGGGCGCUCAGAAGCCGCAGUACGACAUCUGGGGCAACACCGUCAACGUCGCCUCACGCAUGGACAGCUGCGGCAUCAUGGGCCGCAUACAGGUGACGGAAGAUACGGCGAAGAUCCUGAUGGCCGCCGGAUACGACUGCGAGUGUCGUGGGCCGACUUUCGUCAAGGGCAAGGGCACGCUCACCACCUACUUCGUCAGGACGCCCUUCGACGAGAAGUAGACCCCGUCGACUGCCUGCGAUUCGCCUGCACCGACCAUCUUGGACGCUUAACUCCGGAAACAGCCGAUCGUAUUGUUGUAAGAACCCGGGAACGCUGGGACAUGCUCGCUGCUAAAGAACCAAGACUUUGGCGACACACCCAAUUUUUCCGGCAAAAUGUACCAAACUCGUUACGUAUGAAACAUUACAUGCCGACAUUUCAUCUUGAGAGCGUUUAUCAUCUUAUACAUGUUAGUACUACAGUUGUUAUGUAUCAUAUUGAACUUGUGGUAAUUUGAGAACUGAAGAUGGCACUAAAUUAGUGACGAGGUUUAUCACAGCAUGCUGGAUUGUUUCACGAUCUUGGCGGCGAUAAACGAAAUGGCUGGUUUCUACUACCCAGAUCUUAUGAGGCUUUUGCUUCUGAUGUGAAAUAUCGUCCGGUUGUGAAAUAAGCUCUAUUGGAAUUCUCAAUACAGUUCUCAUUUCAUAAUGGUAUUGAAAAGUCCUUGAACCUAACUUACAUCUGUACUUUUUGUGGCAUUAUGAGAAGGUAAAUACUCAUUGCUUCUGGUAUGUAAAACAUUUUGACUACUUCACGUAUUUAAACUUGAAACAAUUUGGCCGAUAUUCGUCAGAGAUUAGGAUUGGAUUUAUUUCCAAAUUGAAAUUUGGUAGUAAGAGAAAUUGCCUCUUAUGUGCCCUGUGGGUAGUCCAUUUAUCAUUCCCUCUUGAUACUAGAAGGUGCUUGUUCAGUUUUUCUGCUAUGCACUGGAAAUACGAAGACCAAUGUUUCAGGAAGGAACAUUUUUAUCAUAAAAUUCUUUUACUAUUACUUUAAUCUUUAGGAGUGACAUGUUGUGAAUGAUUUGCUCUGGAAACUGAAACAUGAGUUGGUCAUAAGACAGGUAUAUUUCAUUAGUCGAUCGAAGAACAAUCGAAAAUGUUUGGUGGCACUAUGAUUAGUAUCACCAACUUAACACACUCUACGGAGUACAACUUUUAGGAGCAGCUUUUUCAUCAGUUCAAGAGAAAUACAAUUCUUGGUGAGCACCUUACCAGACACUACAGAACUGUUUUUAUUUCCAUUAAUUAGCCAUCAUGGAACUUAAAGGUAUAAAUUCUUCUAUUUUACGUGUCAGUAUUGCUCUGUUUAUGCAUUACAAGCAACUAGAACACAUGUUUAACAUGAGGGAGAUACACAAAUAUAAUGAUAGGAUCAAAGUUUAUUUCUCUGAGUUGCUUGAAAUUGCUUUCCUUCAGUCACUCAGCAUAUUUUUUCCCUUGGUGGAACAGACACAUUCCAAUCGUUUGUGCUGAACUGUAAUCGAAACACACGUAGGAGCAGUAAUUCUCAAACACUCACUGCCUCUUCCUGUAAUGUGACUAUCCAAUUCAAAGACUGUUGUCUGCUUGUAACUUUCUCUCACUACUGAUAAGAAAUAUACUCUAGCAAAACUUGUCUCAAAUUUUAUUCUUCCUCUAGUUGCAAACAAUUUUCCAUUGUUUUCUAACUUAAGCAGUUGUGUAUGGAAUUUGAUGUAGAUUUGUGUCCACAGCGACGUAGCCAGUUUGAAAUUAGAUGUCCCUUGGAAAAAGAAACUCAUUUUCUCAUGGAGGUCAUUCUUGCAAAGCCAGUCAGAAAAUUUAUUUGUACACACAUUUUUACCUAUUUACUGUUGUGACAUUGUUUCCUUUGCAUCCAUGCUUCUGCAAGCACCUUGAAUACCCUGUAGACAAUGACGACCAGCCGUGAAAUACUAUAGAUUUCCGCCUCAUGUAUAACUCUCCCAAAGAGAAAUUCAGUAUUAGGAUAGAGACAUGUAAUAACUCUCUUUGCCCCUCUGUUAAAUUUGUUCAUUCUUUCUUUUUAAAUAUCGAUGUUUCUUUCUUGGGAAAAUGCGUACGGUGAAAUGUAAAUUGUGCUGGGAAACACUCGCCAAUACAGUUCAUUUGAAACAGUUCAAAUGGAAAUCUAAGACAAGCCAUAAAGAAACAAUGGCAUGUCAAUAACCGUUCCACCCUAUGGCGAUAGAUAAUGAUAAACUGUGUCACCACUGGAGAGGAAAAUUUACAUUUCAGAAUUUCAUCCGCCAUAGUAAUUACUAAGUGACAGGUACAGUCAUUUCUGAAGAUGAACAAAUGACCAGUACAUAAGAGUAUUCCAGAAACGUUCACAUGAUCCCAUAACUUAGUUUUCUUCUUAGACACCUACCUCUAGGCUCUCAAAACGUUUUCUGUCCUAUGCCUUUUCCUUGAUAUGCUGACAGUUUCGUUGAGUUUUAACGUUAUACACCACUCCAAGCCUUCUUCUUGCCCUUGCUCUGUUCCCUCCAGUUGUUCAUUAUUCAUUGCAGGCAGUUUUAUCACAGUAUGUCUUCUAACAGUGAUGUUUUCCUUAUUCUUAUCAUCUCCAUUAAAUUUUGGCCCUUUCCUCAUAUUUCUUCAUUUCUCAUUAUGUCAUUUCAUUUCAUUUUAAGCAUUUUUUCUCCACAGCCUCAUCUGACUCAUGUGUCCAAAGAACCAACGUAGGUGAAACAGAAAUACAGAUGUUUAUAAAUGCUUAUUCUUUUCUGAAUGUUGUUAUGUUUCUAGACUCAUGGUUUUAUAUAAGAAAUACACCUUUGAUAAAACAUCGCUCCACUCACCUUCGCUCCAUUAAUUAUGUUAGUCUAGCAAGUGGCUCCCAGGGCACAACGUUAAUUGGUAACUUAAACUCUACUGAAGUUCACAUAUCUUACCCUAUCGCAGCAGCUUUCAAAUGCUGCAUCCUGUUGCCUGCCUUACGGAGAAAAAGAUGUCUCUGGCUGUAGUCGCUCAUGGACUACCUUGCCCUACCCUUCCUGCCGUCUGACGACGAGUUCUUAGACAAAUAACUACUUUCUGCAAUUUAUUAGAAAAUUAAAAAAAACAUUAUAAUUUGGCUCCAUAGCCAGUCAACCAAUACCAUUCCCAAAAUGAACAAUUGUGUUAAAAAAAACUUCUGUACUUCUCACACUUGAUUAUUAGACGAGGCCAGAAUACUUUCUGUUAUUGACACAUCAUUACUUCCUUGUCUAAACCAGGAAGUCUUCUUUUCAUAUGUCACUGAGAAACAUAAUACAUACAUUAUGAGUUCUUGAUUGGUUCCAAGGUUACUUACUGCAGGAUAGUACAGAGAGUAGGUUACUGGGUUUAUGUGCAAUAAAACUUUACUCUACUAUGAUUCUACUAAUGGCAUAUUGACUGUGGGCGUUUUCAUAGGUGCUUUGAAUGGGCAUCCUUCUGAACUUCAAAUUUUAGUGUGAAGAAGAGAAUUCCUAGUUUUGCUGAUAUACAUGGAAACACAGUGGCAAAAACAAACUUAACUAUUUGACAGCAAGCAGCCAUUUUUUCCAGUUUGGUUGGUAACUGCCUUGAAAUUUGAUAGCAGUUUAUCAGUUUACAGUUAUACAGUCGCAGUCACAAUGUCAGUAAGAUCUAGUUUCUAGAUAAUGUUACUAGAAGCAUGUACAUUUCCUAAAAACAGCCUUAAUCUUGCCUAGUAUGACUGACUUGAGGAAACAACACUGAUAUGAUUCUUGAAAUAUAUCAAACAAUAUAAACAUUGUUAAAGUACACAUAGGUGUGUUUUAGCUGCAUUCACAAUUUGUGUUAUUUAGUUUGCCAGACACUAGUGCGUGAACAUAGAAAAUAUUACUGCUGUGGAAGUGUUGUAGAUAGAUUUAUAGAAUCAUCAUUUUAUGAGAAGAAGGCGAUAACUUAUGAAGCCUUUACAGGCUUCAGUCAAAUUGCUGAACUACUUGAUGUGUCUAUUUCAGAUUCCCUUUUGCGCAUAGUGCAUUUCCUGUAGUGCUGUAGUGAUCACCCUCCAUGCCAGGGGAGAUACCCUGCUAUGUCAAGCAGCAGCGUAGAGAAGUUGAAUAGUAGGCACUGUGAUGUGCAUUACUCGUUGGUGUGUUUUAGGCUUUGGUUUGCACAAACUAAAAUAGUAUCUGCGAAGUAGGUAGAAUUUGAGAAGUACGAGCUAGGAUGUUAACAUUCAAAACAUUCCGAGAUUCAGGUUACAACUAUAAAUGGCAUGUAACCAGUGAAAAAAAAUCAGAUUAUUUAUGUAUAUAAAUGUAAAUGUGCAUUUAAUAAAAGCAUGUUAUUUAUAUUU